AUGACUGAAGAAGAAGUCAACCGUGCUGCUCGUUGGUGGGUCAUGAUGAAACUGCGUUGGCGACGCAAGGGCUUCGCUGCUUCUCUGCUGACUACGCUGGUUCUUUUCAGCCAAGAAAUGCAGGCCGCGCGGGUGCUGAACCGGUUCGUGCGCCAUUACGAGCCGCUGUCUUACGAACCCGUCGGCGUGCGCGGCUUGGGACGCUGGAAGCGAUCGGCCACCGCUCAUCGACACGACAGCAGCAGGCCACGCACGGUACAGGUCGCCUUCAAGGCCCACGGCAGAGAGUUCCGGCUGCAGUUGACUCAGGACCGGUCUGUCUUCUCCGAGGACUUCGCUCUGGUGACGAGCAGAGGGCGCGUCCAGGCCAACCUCGACCACAUCUACUCCGGACACGUUGCAGGCGCCCCCGGCAGCCGCGUGGUGGGCUCCCUGGUGGACGGCGUGUUCAGCGGACGCAUCUCGCUGGCGCCCGGUGACGACGACGGAGACUUCUACGUGGAGCGCGCUCACACGUCCUCGGCCACGUCCCCCCUCUUUCACUCGCUCAUCUACGCCGCCAAGGACGUGAGCUUCGACGGCGCCGGAUGUGGAGUGCACGGACCCGCGCGGAACGCUCCCAUCGACACUGGACGCCGACACGGGCGCCAGCCGACGAAGCCUUCCAAUGUGAGGCGAGCCAAACGCUCCGUGGCGGCUGCUGGAGUGGCGGCGCCUCCAGCAUCGCAGGCCGCUGAUGCCAGCGGCUUAGGCAACUGGUCGGCGGCGGAUUCGGGUGCAUUUCGGCGGUCGUCCGGUCGACGAGCGGCCGUUGAAGACCCGCAGGGAGACGCCGGUCAUCGCCAGGGCACGAACGUGCAGCGCGUGUGUAACAUCGAGCUCAGCGUCGACCACACCUUCUACGAGAUGGUGUCAUCGGACAUGUACGGCGACGCGGCCAAGAUUCACGCGGAUAUCACGAGUCUGGUGCACACACAUGUCGCCUCCGCCACGGAAAUCUUCGGGAACACAAACUUCAACGGCAUCACAGACAUCUCGUUUGUCGUCCAACGUUUGCAGAUCAACGACUCCAGCGCGUGCGAGGGCUCGGUGCGCCGGUCAAACCCUUACUGCGCCGACACGCUGGACGCAACGCACACGCUUGUCGAGCUAUCCAAGACAAACCAUAACAAUUUCUGCGUCUCGUACCUGUGGACGUACCGCGACUUCCCGGGUGGCACGCUGGGUCUGGCGUACGUUGCGGAGCUCAACGGUAUGUCUCGCAACGCGGGUGGCCUGUGCGAGAAGUUCCAGUCGGACGUGGCGCUGCAGUUGACCUCGGACUACUCGGGCCGGGUUAGCUUGAACACGGGCGUCGUCACCUUCGUCAACAAGAACGUGCGCGUCCCCCACCGGGUCUCCGAGGUCACCUUCGCCCACGAGCUGGGACACAACUUCGGUGCGCAGCACGACCCUCCCGAGUGCGUACCGGGCGGUAGCGUGGGCAACUUCCUGAUGUUUGCCAGCGCCUCUCACGGCACGAUGCCCAACAACCGGCGCUUCUCCGUGUGCAGCAUCCGCGACAUCUCGGGCAUCCUCGCGCAGAUGUUCUCCGACCAGGGCCCCCGAGCAAACUGCCUCCAGGAGCUGCGGGGUCCGUUCUGCGGCAACUCUAUACGGGAGGAGGACGAGGAAUGCGACUGCGGCUACGACUGGCACGACUGCCGCGAGACGUGCUGCUACCCGCGCGAGCACAGACAGCUCAACCGCAAGGGUUGCACGCUACGUCCCGACGCCAAGUGCAGUCCUACGAACAGCGCCUGCUGCAGCGAUACCUGCCAGUACCGCAAUUCGUCGUGGCUCUGCAGACAAGACGAGGACUGCCGAUUCGAGGCCUACUGCGACGGCUGGAGCGGAGAGUGUCCCGCGUCGGCACAGAAGCACGACGGCGUGCUGUGCAAUCGCGGCACGCAGGUUUGCGAUGCCGGCGAGUGCGCGCGCUCCGUGUGCAACGUGUACGGCCUCGUGGAGUGCUACCUCACCGGGGCGCAGCGGACGCCGGACGAGAUGUGCCUCAUCGCGUGCCGAGAGAACGUGUCGGACAGCGUCUGCAUGGAGGCGUGCCAGUUCGAGCGCAUGAAAGACUUCUGCAACAAGAGGAUGGAGCCCGGAGCUCCGUGCGACGACCUGCGCGGCUACUGCGACGUCUUCCAGAAGUGCCGCCUGGUGGACGCCGAGGGACCGCUCGCCCGCCUGCACUGGCUCGUCUUUGGAGCACGCGGCCUGCGCAACGAAAUGGCGCAAUACUGGUACCUCACGCUGUUGGCCGUCGCGCUGGGCAGCGGGGCCACGGCACUGUUCAUCAAGCUGUGCGCCGUGCAUACGCCCAGCAGCAACCCGCACCUGAAGGGCCCGCGCAGCUUCGUCGAAACCUUGCGCCGACCUACAAGUUUGCUUCGCACGUGACCGUCCCCUGGCGCCUAUGACUGUGACUAGUCCCAGCUGUGACUGUUUCGCAUCAGCGGAUUGAUGGCGCGAAUUACGCAUGCUGAUAACUACGCGUUAUCUUGGUUGUUGUCUCGUUUGUUUUCUGCCGAUCUCUGUGUAUGGUUCAACGUCGCACUCGAAUCAAAGUGCGUCGCAACGACAUAGCUUCAAAACUGCUGCUUACAUCAGAUAAGAAGGAACUCACCACGAACACAAUAAACGCUUAGGAUUCGUCAAAUGUGAAUGACCUGGAACGCUUCUGUGGAAAGCAAAGGAAGAAUUUAAAGGAGAACCAUGAUCAAGAAAGCGUCACGAAUUACAACACCAAUUUACUCUUUUGGCAGACCAAACCGGAAGGGGGAACAAACGAAUUAUGAGCAUUGCGACAACAUUAGAAGCUCAGGUGGAAUUUGUAUGCUCCGGCUAUGAAGAUAAGUGGUUUAGAAUUUUGCAGAAAGAUGAGGCAUAGUUGAAGCAACAAGUACACCUCGACGAUGUUAUAAUGUUUUGAGAGCACGCGCGAUGCAUCGGAACUUUACGAACAAUUUUCUAACGGCAAGCUAGAAUUUAUGGAAAUAAAAUAUGCCAAUGACAGGAAAGCCUGACGGGAUGAUAUUCGCGUACCACCCGGUAAAUAAGAAACUUUAAUGAGCUAGUUGGUUGCUGGCUUGAUUGAACAUGGUUACAACGGCAUGUUUUGAGGACAGGACAGAGAAAUCUGACACAGGACAAAAGACGGGACACAGAAAGACAGGCGAAUGUCCUCUAUGCUUUCUUUCUUUGUCCUCUCCUCAAAACACGCCGUUAUAAUCAUGUCCCACCCGGUGAAGCCAAGACAACGGUCUCAAGCAGAGGCAAUGUCUUUAGCCAACAGGGGGUCGGAUGAGACUGCAGACAAUCUGGACACCUGUGUCUGCCGCUAUCUCUGAGAGGAAAUGACCUGAGAUGAUGUAAAACGAUGGAUAAUUUUGGUAAAGUUUUACUCGAAUGCAAACAUGGUUAAUGCGACACAGUUUCAAGGUAGAAACUGAUAGAUAUUGAUGGAACAAUACGGCUGUUUAAAAAAGCGAAGACGAUUUUGAACGUUUGACAGCAAUGAGCCUGCCGCCUCCAAGAAACUUCUCACAACCAGAAAACAUCUAGAAACAUCAGUCGAUUCUGCCGAAA